CCGUCGUGUCACGUGAUUAAUGGCGGAGCGCGGCAUAGCACGGCAGAGGGGAGAGAAAGACCGAGACAGGAACCGGAAGCGUAAAGAGUGUCUUUAGAGAAGCUGCUUAGUCAGCUGAGUCGUUAACGGAGAGGGGGUGAUUAAGAACGGAGGAGGUGACGGAGGGCAUUGGCCCUAGCUUCGUAUGUAUAUAGUACGUUCGUGCAUGCAUCCAAGCCCUCUGUAAACAUCACAAUGGCAACAGAAAUUGGUUCCCCUCCUCGCUUCUUCCACAUGCCGCGUUUCCAGCAUCAGGCUCCCCGCCAGUUGUUCUACAAACGCCCCGACUAUGCACAGCAGCAGGCAAUGCAGCAGCUUACUUUUGAUGGCAAGCGCAUGAGGAAGGCUGUAAAUCGCAAGACUAUAGAUUACAAUCCUUCUGUCAUAAAGUAUCUUGAGAAUCGUGUAUGGCAGAGAGAUCAACGAGACAUGAGAGCCAUUCAGCCAGAUGCUGGAUAUUAUAAUGAUUUGGUACCUCCUAUUGGGAUGCUUAACAAUCCUCUCAAUGCUGUAACUACUAAGUUUGUGCGCACAUCUACCAACAAAGUGAAGUGUCCUGUGUUUGUUGUACGGUGGACUCCUGAAGGUCGCCGUUUAGUUACUGGAGCCUCAAGUGGGGAAUUUACUUUAUGGAAUGGUCUCACAUUUAAUUUUGAGACCAUUUUACAGGCUCACGACAGUCCAGUUCGAGCAAUGACCUGGUCACAUAAUGACAUGUGGAUGCUGACAGCUGAUCAUAGUGGAUUUGUGAAGUACUGGCAGUCCAACAUGAAUAACGUCAAGAUGUUCCAGGCGCAUAAGGAGGCGAUUAGAGAGGCCAGUUUUUCCCCUACUGAUAAUAAAUUUGCCACCUGUUCUGAUGACGGUACAGUUAGAAUUUGGGACUUUCUUCGCUGCCAUGAAGAGAGAAUUUUACGAGGGCAUGGUGCUGAUGUUAAGUGUGUUGACUGGCACCCAACCAAAGGACUCCUUGUCUCUGGAAGUAAAGACAGUCAACAGCCAAUCAAAUUUUGGGAUCCUAAAAAUGGUCAGAGUCUUGCAACACUACAUGCACAUAAGAAUACUGUGAUGGAAGUAAAGUGGAACUUGAAUGGAAACUGGCUGCUCACUGCCUCACGAGAUCAUCUCUGCAAGCUUUUUGAUAUCCGUAAUCUUCGGGAGGAGCUUCAGGUUUUCAGAGGACACAAAAAAGAGGCAACAGCUGUUGCAUGGCAUCCAGUUCAUGAGGGCUUGUUUGCUAGUGGUGGUUCUGAUGGCUCACUGUUGUUUUGGCAUGUUGGUGUGGAAAAAGAAGUGGGUGGCAUGGAGAUAGCACAUGAGGGAAUGAUCUGGAGUCUUGCCUGGCAUCCCCUUGGCCACAUUCUGUGUUCUGGAUCUAAUGAUCACACCAGUAAAUUUUGGACCAGAAAUCGUCCUGGGGACAAAAUGAGAGAUCGCUAUAAUCUGAAUCUUCUUCCUGGCAUGUCAGAAGAUGGUGUUGAAUAUGAUGAUGUUGAGCCAAACAAUCUAGCUGUUAUACCCGGUAUGGGUAUUCCAGAACAGCUGAAAAUGGCAAUGGAACAAGAACAGAUGGGAAAAGAAGAGACUAAUUCAGUAGAAAUGACGAUCCCAGGCUUGGACUGGGGAAUGGAUGAAAUGAUGCUGAAAGAUCAGAAAAAAGUUCCACAGAAGAAAGUUCCAUAUGCCAAACCCAUACCUGCUCAAUUUCAACAAGCCUGGCUGCAGAAUAAAGUGCCACUUAUGCCGGCUUCAGAAGCUGUCCCAGAACUGCAAGAAGAGGUAAAAUCUGAUGAGAAGAAAAAGAAUCAAGCUGAAAUUGAACAAGAGAUGGCAGCUCUACAGUAUACCAACCCACAGCUGCUUGAGCAAUUGAAGAUCGAAAGGAUAGCACAGAAGCAGGCAGAAGCUCCAGGGCAAUCCCAAGGCCUUGCUUCACCCUUAGGGGCACCUCCACAAGUUUCUUCAGCAUUUCCUGCUUCAGGACCACAAAAUCAACCACCACCAAAUUUCCAGCAGCCUCACCCAUCACAACCAGUGGCAAUGAACAUGCAGCAUGGGCCUCAAGGACAAUUCAGGCCACAAGGGCCUCAAGUACCUGGAGGUCCCGGUUUCAUGGGUCCAGGUAAUCAGAACAUACGACCUCAGGAAAUGCAUCCUGGAAUGCCUAGACUUGCCGGGCCUGUAGGACCUAUGGGUCCUCAAGGUCCUCCUGGUAAUGCUGGACCACCUGGGCAUCUAGCUUCUCAAAUGCCACAAGGUCCCAGAGGAGUUCCACCCUCUCAUCAUGGAAUGCAAGGAGGUCCUGGCCCACAGGGGCCUUUAAUGGGUGUUGCUCCUAGAGGUGUCCAGCAAGGUCCUAAUCAGGGAAUGCUUAUGGGGCAUCCAGCACAAGAUUUGAGGGGACCUUCAGGUGCUGUACUCGGACAUGGCCCUGAUGUUAGAGGACCAAUUGAUAUGAGAGGACCCUCCGACAUGCGUGGACCCCAGGAUAUGCGGGGACCUUCUGAUAUUCAUGGACCUCAAGAUAUGAGAGUCCUUCCUGAUAUGCGAGGCCCUCAAGACAUGAGGGGUGGCCCAGAUAUGCGAGGUCCUCUAGACAUACAUGGCCCUCAGGACAUCAGGGCUCCAGACUUACGUGGCCCUCAGGAUAUGAGAGGACUUUCAGAUAUGCAUGGCUCUGUAGACAUGAGAGGUCCACCAGAUAUGCGAGGACCUCAUGAUAUGCGAGGCCCCCCAGAUAUGCGUGGCCCACAUGAAAUGCGCGGUCCCCCUGAUAUGCGUGGUCCUCCUGACAUGUGCGGCCCUCCAGACAUGCGAGGUCCUCCAGACAUGCGUGGCCCCCAGGACAUGCGUGGCCCUCCAGACAUGCGUGGCCCCCAGGAUAUGCGAGGACCUCCAGACAUGCGUGGACUUCAAGAUAUGAGAGGACUGCCAGAUAUGCGUGGCCCUCCUGACAUGAGGGGUGGUCCUGACAUGCGUGGACCUUCUGAUAUGAGGGGUGGUCCUGACAUGCGCGGCCCUCCUGACAUGAGGAGUGGCCCUCCUGAUAUGAGGGGUGGCCCUGAUAUCCGUGGCCCUCCAGAAAUGAGGGGAGGUCCAGAUAUGCGUGGUCCUCCUGAAAUGAGGGGAGGUCCAGAUAUGCGUGGUCUUCCUGAUAUGAGAGGUGGUCCUGAUAUGCGUGGCCCGCCUGACAUGAGGGGUGGUCCUGACAUGCGUGGUCCCCAGGACAUGAGGGGUGGUCCACAUGAGAUGCGAGGCCCACAUGACAUGAGAGGGCCACCUGAUGUUCGUGGUCCACAGGAUAUGAGGAGAACUGAUGUAAGAGGGCAACAUGAUAUGCGUGGCCAGCAACACAUGAGGGGUGCUCAGGACACUAGGGGGCCAUCCGACUUGCUCGUUUCUCCAGAUAUACGAAGCCCUCAAGAUAUAAGAGGUCCUCAAGACAUGCGAAAUCUUCAAGAUGUUAAAGGUCCCCCGGAUAUGAGUGGUCCUCCUGAAAUGAGAGGUCCCCAAAACAGGGGGUCAAAUUUAGGACUUUCUCAAGAAACCCAUGGACAGUCAGUAUCCCAAGGUCCAACAGGAAAUUCUCAAGGGCCUCACAAUUCGCAGAAUCCAGCAAGGGCAUCCCACCAAUCACAACAGAAAACCCCAUUACUGGGAGAUGGUCCUAGGCCUUUUAACCAGGGUGGUAAAGGCCAGGCGCCUCCUCCUUUAUUACCGGGCCUAGGAGGACAGGCAAACUCUCAAGGACGUCCACCACCACUGGGCCAAGGACCCAGUCCUAACAAAGGUGACAUGCGUGGUCCUUCAAAUCAUCAGCCUGAACGGAGACGUGAGCCAAGUCCGUUCAGGGGCGGACCAGACUGGAUAGACUCAAGAGACAAUAGAGGAGCACCUGACAGAAGGGGUCCACACUCAGAGACCCAUGAGCGCACAGAUGAUUACCAUCCAGAUGAUCGUUAUGGACCAAGAGGGCGAGACUUUGAUGGGCGAGGUGGCGGCCCCCCUUUGCAAGAUGAAAAGUGGAGACGUGGUGGUUCAGGCCCACAGUUUCCCUCAAAUCAUAGAGAAUUCCCUGAUCGAGAAGGAAGGGAUUCAAGCAGAUGGGAGGGAAGGAGACAUUCUGAUGAUCAGUAUGGCAGGGACUCUGAAGAUAUAAGGUUACGGGGUCAAAGAGAGGAUAGUUUCCGUCGGAGUGGUGGUCCUCCAAGACAUGAGGGUCGUGGUUCUCGUGGAAGAGAAGGUUUCUCUAGCUCUGAAGACUUUGGUCCCAGUGAUGGCUUUGACAAAGAUGAAUCAGGUAGAGGACGCGAUAGUUCCAGGGGACGUGGUCGUGGUCCUCAAAGAGAAGCAAGAAAAGGACUUCUCCCUACUCCAGAUCAGUUUUCUAGUUCAGAUCGUGGUCCUAAUCACCAGUCCCGGGAUCCAGGCAGAGAUGCAGGUCCGGAUCACUUCCAAGGCAGUCCUCAUCGGGACAUUCCAACUCCUGAUGGUCACUCUCCAGCCAGCAGGGAACGCUCUUCUUCUUUGCAGGGAAUGGAUAUGGCUUCCUUACCACCCCGCAAGAGACCCUGGCAUGAUGGCCCUGGAACCCCCGAUAUGGAUCCAAGUCUAUCAGAUGAUUCAAGUAAAGGGCCACCAUCUAGGUCACAGAGACUAAGCCGUUCUAGCUCUCAAGAACAAGAUGAAGGCAUGUCAAGGGGUAAUCGAGGAAGCUGGGGCAGAGGGGGGUCUGGAUCAAGCAGCAAUAUGAACUCUCAGUGGAGAGGGGGUCCUCGGGGUAGUGGAAGUAGCAGCGGAGGAGGAAGGAAUCGAUAAGGUCACCGGACAAAUAUCUUGUUCCCAAGUCCAUAUUGGACCAACAUAAACUGAACUUUUUAGUGGCUAAAAACAGCAUCAAUACUGAAGAGAUCCCUGUUUAAAAUUCUAUACACAUUUACAAGAACUGGAACACUGGAAGCAAUGUCAUGGACUUCGGAUCCAACCAUAUUUGUUUUCUUUCUGUUAAAGGGGUACUCCGGCCCUAAUACAUCUUAUCCCCUAUCGUGAUGUCACGAUACUCCGGCCCCGUGGUCGUCACGCUGCACGCGCGAAGCCUCCAGCGCUGUGGAGAGCUCGCGAAGGUGGGUGCUGAAUGACAGAUUGCGGUGGGACCCCCGCGAUCAGACAUCUUAUCCCCUAUCCUUUGAAUAGGGGAUAAGAUGUAUUAGGGCCGGAGUACCCCUUUAAGGUUUUUCACAUGGUGUUCAGUCCACACAACCAAUACUUUUUUUUUCCACAGAGACAAUUGUUAUAAACAGCAAAUCCUUGUGUACAGUUUGUUGGCAAUUGAGUUGUUAAAAUUUUUUUGUAUGAAAUACUGAAUGUAAUAUGUUUAAGGGAGAAAAAAAAAAGUGCGGCUUCGAACAGUUAUUUUAUGCUGUGGGUAUGAAAGCUUCCAUGUUUGAAUAUUUGUAAUACUGUGUUUUUACAUCCAAAUAUCAAUAUUCAGAUCAAGACUGGUUCUAGGCAGGACAAGGCACAUAACUAGAUUUCUUAAAUGGUCCCAGUCAUUUAAAAAAAAAAACAAUUCCUCUAUUUGUUAGCCAAUGUGACAUUAUUUAACAUAAUUGUAAAUAAUUUAAUUUACCAAAAAUGAUUCCUUACCCCAGAAAACAGCUCUAAAGUAUUGGCCAGUAGGUAUCUCUCUUCUCUGUUGUCCUCUAUCUCUAGUAUCCGCUAGAUCUGGACAAAUUAUAGGUUGUUGGAAUGGGGUUUAGUGUGUACUAUGUGCAGGAGAUGGGGAGAGUGACUCUGCCCAUACAGUAUGCCUCCUCAAUAUUAUCGACACUGUUCCUCAAAGGUAAAUUAAAGAUUCUUUCUUAUCUUUGACCACUUAUAAAGUACUAGCAUAGCAACUGUCACUUGUGUGCUUUAUGUCCACACUGUAAAGUUGCCCUAGUUGCUUUAGCGUCUUAAUAGCAACAGUAGUAUCUCAAUGCUAAGUGUUACCUUUUCCUUGUUGUGAUCCUGCUGCUGUUUAUUUCCUUAUUCCUCGCAUAGAGGAAGAUUUAUCAAAACCUGAGCUGAGGAAAUGUGGAGCAGUUGCCCAUCGCAACCACUCAGAUUCCGUUUUAUUUUUUUAUUUUUUUAUUUUUUUUUAGUGGCCUUUUAAAAAAAAUAAAUAAAAGAAGAAAUUUGAUGGUUUACUAUAGGCAUCUAGUCAACUUUUAAUUCGCGCUAGUUUUGAUAAAUCUCCCCCAUUGUGUAUUACAAAACCAAUCAAUCUGUACUAUACAGCACUAAUCAGUCCAUUGCACUUUCUUCAGCACUAGGUUAUGGAAAAGAGGGGCAUGUGUGUUUAUUGGCCAAAGUAGUAAGGGAAAGGAAGGCCAUGUAUGUGUGCUACUGGAAAAUAUCUCAGCUUUGGUCUCUCCCCCAGAACUGUAGAGAAUGAGAAAUAGCUGUGCACCAUGUAUGUAUAUGUAUAUAUAUAUAUAUAUCUCUUUGAAACAACAGGUACGCUUUAAAGAAUCAACCAUAGACAUAUAUGAUCAAAGCAAACAGAAGAUAAAUCUACUUCCAAUGUCAAGACUGACUUCUUGAGGAUUCUUUGCUUUCCCCUGAUAGGAGAGUCUUAGGAUCUGAUACCAGGGUAUAUUUGCAGCCUGAAAUAUACUGCCAUAAUAUGGAAAAAGCUUAAGGCUAUGGAGGAGAUUUAUCAAAACCUGUGCAGAGGAAAAAUAGUGCAGUUACCCAUAACAACCAAUAUGAAUGCUUCUAUUAUUUUUCAGAGGCCUUUUAAAAAAUGAAAGAAACGAUCUGGUUGCAAUGGGCAACUGUUCCACUCUCACUCUAUACAGGUUUUGAUAAAUGUUCCUACUCAUUUUUCCUUAUGUAGUUUCUGCUAUUUAUUUUUUUUACAUAAGGCUAUAUUCUGACAGGUUUUUUUUUUGUUUUUGUUUUUUUUUGUAGCCUUUUUGGUUUUGGUCUGUUUUUAUUUCUAUUUCCAAAAGUGUUCCAAAUACAGUGUGAGAACAUAGCUCUGUUCUGCUAUUGUUGCAUAAGACUAAUUUCUUCCAAAAAACUGCGCCACACGUUCUCAGGUUGUGUGUGAUAUUACAAUUUGGAUCCAUUUACUUUAAUGGGACUGAGCUGCAACAACCAUAGUCAACCUGCAGACAAAUGUGGUGCAUUUUUUGUUUUUUAAAUCAGCUGUUUUUUUUUAAAGUUGGAUAACGCCUUUAACAUCAUUGAAGGGAAUCUGUCUGCUGUAUUUGCUGCAAAGAGCUGCAGACAUCUUCCCAGAUGGAAAUUUAACUUAUUUCUUAGCCAAGUGUCAGGGAGUUGGGGGCGGGGGUUCAGCAGCAAAAGUGCCACGGCUUGGCAUGCCUUCUCAUCUCCCAGCCCCUCUAUGAUUGGCAUACAAAGCCCUGUACGUCAGUCAGGGAGGGUACGAGAUGUGGGUAUAUGAUUACAAUGACACUUUAUGUGUAUAGUUUAUGUUUUACUAUUUAACGUAAAAAAAAAUUUAAAAAACGGCGGACAAGGGUGCUACCUGAUUGCUAUCUGGGGUAGUUGGGAUGUUACCUGUAAUAACACAGCUGGCACCUGUUUUGUAUGGAGUCCUAAGCCCACUUUAUACAGCCUUUCUGACAUUAUUACAUUAAAAGAAGAAAAAAAAGUCAGAAAGGGAUUAAAGAGGACAUGUCUGUGGCUAAUGUGUUUUUAAAGUAAAUAUUUGUA